CUUUUCAGAAUUACCGAAUAAAAAAUUGUUUUAAUUCAAUUUUAAUUUACAUACUUACGUAGUCUGUUCUAAUUCUCGAUGCUUCUUAUCAAUUUUUGGAUAUAUAACUUGUGUUAUCAAGCAUUUUGCAUUGAUAAAACGUUGUUUGUGUAGACCCUUUUUUUUUUCAUUAGAUGAAAACAAAUUUUACAAUCAAACAUCUCUCUCUCAGAAUUUAGGUCAUUGGUUAAUAUGCAUGACUAAAUGCAUGACGCGUAGGACGUAAUUAUCUUCAUUUUUGAAGUAACGUCUGUAUUAUAUAAGAUAAGAUAACAUUUGACGUUAUUUAAAGUUAAUUACUAUGCACAACGGCAAGAGCACAAAGGCUUACUACAUGCUUAAUCACUUUCAUAAUAAUUGGCUAGAUUUCAUUAAAAAAACAACUUUAGUUCUCUCAUUCUCUAACUACGUAAACAGACUAAGCCAUAUUUGUUUUAUACUUUGACAUAACAUAGCCUACAGAUCCUUAACCAUUUGUAAAAAGCACAUUCCGUUCUUCUGGCCUCUAGCAAUACAGAAAUAAAUCAUUGUUCACAAUUCAGAUUAAUCUUAUUUCUAAACCUUUGCUUCAAUUCUCAGUUAAAAUGUUAUUUUGUACUUACGUACCUGCAUUUGCUGGUAUCAAAGAAUUUUUUUUUAUUUGAAGAUAUAACAUUUUGAUAUUAAAAUGGGUAGACAUGUAGUGAAAUACAUUUCGUUAAACUUUGCUUGUCGUGCAUUUCUGAUGCUUUUGGUGUACAGUUUAUGGGCUAACGGCCAGACGUACGACGACACUUCAAACCUGUUUAAUGACCUUCUUGUCAGCUCUGGUUACAACACAGAGGUGAGGCCACUGCUCAACCAGUCCAAGACUAUGAUGGUGGACGUUGGAUUUCAGCUGAUUUCUAUAGUGGAAGUAAAUGAUGUGGCGCAGAGUUUUGUCUGCAAUGGUUUUAUAUUUUUCUCAUGGACAGAUGAGAAACUUAAGUGGAAUAUGUCUAAGUAUGGAGGUCAGAACUUAAUUCACCCUGUACCAGGCAUGAUCUGGAGACCAAGGGUCAUAUUGAUGAAUACAUUGGGAGACAGAGAUCUAUUUGGUGAUGAUAAAGCACCAAUUAUUAUAACCAACUUUGGGAUGGUAAGGUGGAUGCCUGGAGGUCUGUUCCCAACAUCCUGCGACCUACAGAUGACAAAUUACCCGUUUGAUAGGCAAACCUGUAAAAUUAAGAUGGUUGCUAUGUCCCUGGGGGUCAACGAGAUGCAGUUCAACGCCACGGCCACAGAAGUCGGACAACUUUUCUACACUUUGAACGGGGAAUGGGAGCUGACUCAAGGAUACAUUGCCAUUGGGCGUACAAUGACAGGACCUAUCGGACUCUCUUCAGUUGAGGUAACAUUUGAAUUAAAAAGGAGACCAUUCUUCUUUCUGAUCAACAUACUACUCCCAGUUGUCUUUCUUUCUUUCCUCAACAUCUUAGUGUUCAUCAUUCCGGUUGAUUCUGGCGAGAAAAUUGGCUAUGGUAUAACGGUCUUGUUGGCUCUGUCCGUAUUUCUCAGUAUCGUUAGUUCCAUGAUUCCAAGGUCAUCACUGACCAUCCCUAAGGUCACGGUGUACGUGUUUCUACUGCUGAUCAUCUCCAUGUUGACGGUGAUUGACAGUAUUAUCAUUGUCUACUUACAACAUAAAGAGGAGGAAGAAGAAAAGCAUCAAAAAGCCCAUGAGAAUUUUCGAAGCGCUUUUACCAAAGUCAGAAGUCUGCAAAGAGCUGUCCACCCGAUGGAGCCAGCAAGUUUUCGAGAUUACCAGAAGGGGAAGAAAGUGAGCGCCAGUGUCCCUGCACUAGAUCAGCUGUCUGAUGAGAUUUACCUCCCUUUUUCUUUGCCUGUUUCAAAGACAGGAAGUAAAACUGAUGUCAAAGGUGAAACCCACAAAAGCAGACGCGUGAACAACUAUCGGCUGAUUGGCAAAUAUAUUGACAAAUGUUCUUUUGUUUUCUUUUUAAUCGUUUGGUUAGCUGUUACCUUAGCGUUUUUGUUGAGUAUGUCUCAAGAUUAAAGACUCAGAAAUGAGAAAGAAAUUUA